GCCACGAAGGAGCGCUAUCACCAUAAUGGCAAUGGAGCUCCAGUAGAACGACAUCGAUCCUUAGAAAUGGCGCCUCCACCGCUUCCACCACCUGUCCAAACGACACCAAUUCUGAAUCGUCUUUCAGCAUUCGAUUCGCCAACAACUUCAAGCGGUUGUUCCUCAUCCAUUUCUGCCGCGGCUCUUCACCAAAAACCACCCUUCCAGUCGUCCCCAAAUCACAAUAAUCGCCUUGGAAAUAUCACACCAGCUGCCUGUGCAAGUAAUGAAGGAUCUCUGUCUGAUAAAUCGAUGUCCGAAUGUCCGGAGAUAUCGAGAAAGCUUAACCAAGUGGUUGAUUUAGCCGAUCGUCUCCAAUUAAAUAAGCUUGUUGUGCGGAUAUUCCGACCGGAUAAGACAACUAAGGCGAUACUGAUAGAUCAACGAAUGACAGCCGGUGAAGUAGCCUCUAUGCUGAUUGAGAAAAACUUCCUGGAACCCUCUGUCAAGCUGUGCCUGGUGGAAAAAGUGCCUUCGCUCAAAGUCGGUGAGUGA